AUGAUGCUCAAUAGUUCUGAGAUAAUAGAUGGCAACAUGGUUGUGGAAGGGUAUGAAGAAAUCGCAGUGGACGACAUGAAUGACAUGAGUGAACUGGUUGUUGAGAACGAUAUCGUUAACGAUGAUGAAGACAGUCUUCAAUACGAGGAAGUAGUGCAUAGUAGUGAUUACGGUGGAAUGCCCAUUGAUCAGUAUAAUGAUAUUGUUCAAUAUAAACGAACGAACGUAGUUCCUCCAAGUGUAACAAGCAGGAAUGAUAGAAGUGCUCCUAGUCACUGGAGGUCUCGAUGCAAAUGCUUCUCUAUGGCUGAUGAUGGCGAAACUCUGUUAUACUAUAACCCGGAAAACACCAGUAAUGCAAUGCCAAAGGUUGUGGUUAAGAAAGGAGAAGUUCGAAAGGUUCUUGAAAGAAUACACGAGCUCAUUGGGCAUCUUGGACAGAAAAGAACUCAAAUGGUUGUUCUCAGAAAACUUUACUGGAGAUCCGUACGUCAAGAUGUGAAGACCUUCAUUGCAUCCUGUGAUUUUUGCACUGAGAAGAAACUUCAUGGCAGAAAAAUUACCAAGGCUCCUGUAGAUAUCACUUCUGAAAAUUUCGAUAUUUCUGUACUUGUUAGAGAUAACGCUACUGAUCGAUUGGAGUUUCAUUUGGUUGGAUACAAUGAGGCAGAAGUGCGAGAGGCUUCAUAUACAAGAAUGUCGUCGUAUACCUUCAAAGAAACAGCCAGCGAGUACAGGAGCCGUUAUUCAAAUCAGCCACCAGUGCCACCAACCUUUCGUCGUCAACCAUAUGUCAAAAAGCUCAACAAUCAAUCGGUUGGGUAUCUUCUUCCAUUCCAUCAGAGAUCUCGAACGAUGGAACCUGAGUUUAUUGAGAUGUACGGGCGUGAAGAUUACCCGCAAGAGAUGAUAUACGAAACAGUUCCGGAAGUAGAUGAUGGCUUGAUGAGAAACAAAGAAGAAGUAAAACAAAAAGAUUAUCAACUGCCUGACGCGCAUCCGAUAACAUUCGAUGGAACCGAGUUGACUUCGAAAAACUUUAAAACAGAAGAUGAGACUUCUCUAAAUGGAUCAGUUUCCAUGUCUCGCGCUGGACCUUCCUCAUCGUCUUCGAUACCAUCUCAUUCAAAACAACAACAUCAAAGAUACGGACAGAAACGUCAUAUAGAUGUGGAUUCGGAUAGAAUGAGAGGAAUGUGCGGAUUUCGAUCGUCUGAAAGACAACAAUCCCCGGCUCCCACUACUACCGCUGGUUUGUUGAAAAAAAGAAGAAGGGAAUUUCCAAGUAUUCGCGGAAUGGCUAACCGAUUCAGUAUUGCUAUUGGAGACACUGACAGAAUUGACAACCACGAAGUGAAUCGAUCAAAUCCACACUUGAUUGAAUAUCCCGAUCCUUCCUCCAUUCUCCGAGGUGAUAGUUUAGGACUGCCACCUGUAAUUAUGGCACCAUCUAGCAACGAUGAAGUUUGCAAGCUUCAAAUUGAGGCUCUACAACGUCAUAUUCAUCUUCAAAAAUUACAAGAAAAAUUAAUACAUGAUCAAUACGAAGCUUCAAUGCGAAUUCCAAUUACGAGGUAUAUUCAACAAGUGGAAGAAGUGCAAGAAGAACAGCUUGAUGUUGAACAUGAUCUCAAUCAUCAUCAAGUAUACGAGGAAGAGGAGGAGGAACUAUCCCACAACCAAACCCGUCAUAUUCGCCACCAAUAA